CGCCGCCUUCACAUCCUGCUUCUACAACUUUGGCUGGCCGUUGUUCGCACGAGUCAUUAACGAUCCCAAUCGACCUACUUGAGUAGCUCAGAAACAAACGAUGGCCCCAGGCGAGUCUCAAGACAUAGAGACGGCCACCACGAACGUGCAGGCGCAGCCAGACAACAAGACGCGUCGAUACGACCGUCAACUUCGUCUAUGGGCUGCAACCGGUCAGGCUGCCCUCGAAUCAUCACGCAUCCUCGUUCUCUCUGCAUCCGCCACUUCAACAUCCAUACUCAAGAACCUUGUUCUACCCGGUAUCGGCCACUUCACCAUCCUUGACCACCAGACCGUCACCCCGGAAGACGCAGGCAAUAACUUCUUCCUCGAAGGCCAUGACAGUGUCGGCAAGUCACGGGCAGAGGAAGCUGUGCGGUUGCUGGGCGAGUUGAACGAUGGUGUGGAGGGGGAGGCUAAUACCGCGGAUUUCGAGGAGUUGCUGAAGAAAGACCCGGACUACUUCACGUCGUUCUCGUUGAUCAUCGCGCACAACAUUCGGAGGGACUUGCUAGAGGACUUGUCGAAGUUAUUGUGGUCGAGUCAGGCACACCCAUCGUUGAUCGUGGUGAGGACGGCUGGAUUCUUGACUGAGUUCUACAUCCAGUACCAUGAGCAUGACGUGAUCGAGAGCCACUCAGAAACAACGCCAUCGCUUCGUAUAGACAAACCUUUCCCUGCACUACUGGAGCACGCGACAUCCAUUGAUUUUGACAAUAUGGAUCCGACUGAGCACGGUCACAUCCCCUACGUCAUUAUUCUCGUCCACGCAAUGGACAAGUGGAAGAAGGUGCACGACGGCAAGCCGCCACAGACAUACGAAGAGAAGAAAGCGUUCAAACAGUCCAUCCUCGCGAUGAAGGUCAAAUCGGACGAAGAAAACUUCGACGAAGCAGAGGCUCAGGCCUACCGCGCCUGGACGUCCACCGGUGUGCCCUCCGAGAUCCAGUCCAUCCUCACCUCCCCCAAGCUCAAUCUCGACAACCUCACCCCGUCUUCCCCAAUCUUUUAUCACCUCCUCUCUGCGCUCAAACAAUUCGCCGCCCAGCCACCCCAUGUACUUCCGCUGUCCAGCACACUCCCGGACAUGAAAUCUGACACAGAGAACUACGUGCAUCUGCAGCGAUUGUACAAGGCGCGUGCAGAGCAUGAAAGGGGUGUGCUCAGGGGCUUGGUGCAGAUCCCGGUCGAGGAUGAGUUGGUGGAUGUAUUCGUAAAGAAUGCUCACGGGCUGAGGGUUCUGCACGGGAGACGGUGGGGAGAAUUUGAUAGCGACCGGGAGGCAAUCGCCAACGCGCUCUCGACGUAUCCUAAAGAGACCGUCACCCACCUCGCUUUCUACGCUCUCGACACCCUUAAAGCCCUUCACCCCGACGCUCCACCGACCGCUGCAAUGCUCCAGGAGCAGAUCAAAGACAUCGUCGGUCCCCAGGUCUCAUUACCGGAAGACGAGCUCGGCAAUGCUCUUGGCGAACUCGCUCGAACCCCCACCGCAGACGUCCCGAACACCGCGGCCUUCGUGGGUGGUCUUGUCGCUCAGGAGGCUAUCAAGAUGAUCACAAAACAAUAUGUGCCGAUUAAUGGGUACUGUGUUGCGGACUUGGUCGACUCAUGGACGGGCGUUGUGGGUCCUUGAGCACGCUUCACCUGAGCACGACCGGCUUCAGAAGCAUGAAGUCUUGGGCUCGCCAUUGAAGCACGUGGAGUAUUAGAGGAAUGUGCAGUUGUGCAUGUAUAUUAUCAUGAGCGGUUGUCGUGAACAAUGUUUUCUUGCUGCUCCUCA